AUGUUGGAGAAGGUAAAUCUUGGAACGGUAACAAGUGUGGAAUUGACUGCAGAGAAGAAGUUCAAAUACUUAUUCAUUGCUUUAGGUGCUUGCGUUGAAGGUUUUAGAGCAAUGAGGAAAGUGUUAGUAGUGGACGCAACUUUUCUCUCGGGUUCCUAUGGUGGUAUGUUAGUGUUUGCGAUAGCUCAGGACCCUAAUCGGCACAAUUACCCGGUUGCGUUUGGUGUGAUUGAUGGCGAGAAUAAUCGUAGCUGGCGGUGGUUUUUCGAAAAGUUAAAAAUUGUAGUUCCAGAUGAUCCUGAGUUAGUCUUUAUGAGUGAUAGACAUCAAAGCAUCAUCAAGGCAGUCUCUGAGGUGUAUCCGAGUGCUCAUCAUGGAUAUUGUAUUUGGCAUAUUUCGCAGAAUGUGAGAGAUAGAGUUAGUAAUGUCAAUAAAGACUUUGUUGCACAGAAAUUCCGGGAUUGCGCACAUAUCUAUACUCAAUCUGAGUUCAUUAGAGAGUAUGGUGAUUUCAGAGUUAGGUUUCCUAAAGCAGCUGAGUAUCUUGAUAAUAGUGUUACCCUGGAAAAAUGGGCUAGGUGCUGCUUCUUGGGGGAUAAGUACAACAUAGAGACCAGUAACUCGGCAGAGUCUAUGAAUAGUUGUUUAGUGACUGCGAGGAAGUAUGCCUUAUUGCAUAUGAUCGAUGCGAUUGUAGCUAAAGUUUUUGAAUGGUUUAACAGAUACAGGAAGGAUUCAGCUGGUCCUUUUUAUAAUAAGAGAGUGGUGCCUGUUGUGGAGAAUGAAAUAUACAGUCGAUGUGCAAUCGCGUCUCUUUUAGUGGUGACGGAACUAAACAGCUACGAGCUUGAAUACAGCGUUAAUGGACUGGACGGGAAAACUUACGUGGUGAACUUGAUAGCAAAAAGCUGUUGCUGCAGGCGGUUUGAUAUAGAUAAGUUCCCGUGUGAACAUGCAAUAGCCGCAGCGAAGAAACUGAUGAGCACGGAAGAUAGAUCAGCGAGUAUCGGAGUAUAUGACUUGUGCUCAAAAUAUUACUUGAUUGAGACGUGGGCAUUGGCAUACUAUCGAACAAUUUAUCCUGUUCCUCAUCAUACUGACUGGAGUGUUCCUGAAAACAUCAAAGAGUUGGUCGUCUUACCACCAGAUGUCAAGAAAAAAGUGGGUAGAAAUCAAGAAAAGCGGAAACCAGGGCCCGGAGAACGUCGCCGGAGGACAAAGAACAAGGCCGACCCUCACUUGGACUUGGAGGCUUGUUUCCGGUCUUCUCAACAUCCCCAGGCAGAAGGUCCUUCAACUUAG